AUGGCUCUCCCGAGCUGCUCCUUACCGCGCCUGCAACGCAGCCUCCUGCUGCUGCUCUGCGCCAUCACCACCCUCUCCUGCAGCAUCAUUGUCACCAUCUGGUAUGGCAUGAACACAGACCGCGAGUACAUCCACCCCAUCCUCACCCAGCUCAUCCCCGCCGGCCACUGCGAGUGCCAGACCUCCACCACCUUCGAAUGCUCCACCUGUCUCUCCUGCUCCGACACUGGUCUACGCGACCAAUCUAGUCCCGCACCCGUCUGGCGCUUCGAUUACCGUCGAGAUGGUCGUAACCAAGCCCUCGACCAGAUGCAGUGCCAGGCGGCCUUCCCCGGCCUGUUUGAAGAUGUCGCGCGUGGCGAACAAUACUGGCGGUCGAACGGUGCCCUGUCGACCGAGGAGCUCGACGCCAUCCCCAUACAAGAAGGUAUGGCCCGCGCCUUUGUUUCCCACGGCAACCUCCACGUCGUCGCCGCCCGCGCCCGCGGGGAGGACCACCGCCGGAAAAUCCUGGGCGUAUUGAGCUCGAUCCAUCGCGCGCUGGCCGGCGAUGGGGGCCGAGCUGCGAGGCGCGAUAUCGAAUUCGUGUUUUCGGUAGAGGACAAGGUCGAGGAUGUCACGCUCCCGGAUCAUCCUGUCUGGGUCUUUGCGCGCACGCCGACCGAGGAAGCCGUCUGGCUCAUGCCCGACUUUAGCUUCUGGGCGUGGGACAACGACAAUAAUGCCAUGGGGCCGUAUGAUCAAGUGGUCGACCGCGUCGAGCGUCUGGAUAUCCCCUGGUCAGAGAAAAAACCGCAGCUCGUGUGGCGUGGUAAGCCCAGUUUCGCGCCCAAGCUGCGUCGUGCACUGCUCGAGGCUGCUCGUGAUCAGCCCUGGGGCGAUGUGAAGCAAGUCGACUGGGCAACGGGCUCGAAUUUGCUCAAGAUGGAGGACCACUGCCAAUACAUGUUUAUUGCCCAUGUUGAGGGCCGGUCCUACUCUGCCUCGCUCAAAUACCGACAGGCCUGCCGGUCGGUCAUCGUCGCCCAUAAACUCCAGUACAUCCAACACCACCACUACCUCCUCAUGUCCAGCGGUCCGAACCAAAACUACGUCGAAGUCGAGCGCGACUUCCGUGAUCUCGGCGAGAAACUCGAGCCCCUCGUCCGCGACACCGACGCCGCCCGGCGCAUCGCCAACAACAGCGUCAAGACCUUCCGCGAGCGAUACCUAACUCCCGCCGCGGAGGCGUGCUACUGGCGCGCGCUGUUCGAUGGAUACGCCAGUGUCUGGAACAGCUCGGUGAACUCGUGGUCCGAGAGUCUUCACUACGAGCGCGGACUGCGCUACGAGUCCUUUGUUCUACUGGACAGCCAGCAGAUGCUCGACUUCCGGGCCGAGACUGCGCCUCACGGAUACAAUUAG